UCUCGGAAAAUGUUUGUAGCUUUUGAGUUUCAUUUUAUUGCAGCCGGAAGUUUUGUAGAACAUUAAAUACUCUACAGAAACAACAAAUAGAAAAUAUCUGAUAAUAUCCUUGAGAGAGCUUAUGCAUAACAAGAAAACAGCUUAAUGCAAACGAUAUUUUUUAUUUAUCCAGAUAUUUGCUUACAGUUAACUAACUGCGAGUCUGAAUAAAACUUUAAGAAUACAUUUAGAAAGAGCAUCAAAUUCUAGCUCUGGAACACUACUCUCAGUUCUCUUCAAUUACAUUCAAGUGUUCAAAAAAUGAGCAAACAUAUUUAACAAGAUCUGCGAAACUAGUAUUUUGUACAAACGUCAUUUUUCGUAUCCAUCAAAGAUUUGUUCUCAAUAAAUCAGAUUUAACUCCCGUAGACGUUGCGAAGUGCGCACGAAUCUAUCUGACAAUUUUUCCUCUAGUAGUCCGUCACUAUUUGUAGUUUUGGGUCAUUCCCUUUCUCUAAUCUGUAAUCCUUAGUUGGCUCAUAAUAUUCUCACUAGAAAUCAGAAAUAGCUCUAAGGAGGUAGAACACCUAUCAUGUUAUAAGUAUGAUUUCUUUGUCUUGCUAAAGCUGCCAGCUGUUAUUUUUCAAUUGUUUUUCCAAAUAGAUUUGUUAUGAUUCGUCUGUACAUUCAUUCCUAAUGUUUAUGAUUCAUAUUUUCUCUGCAUAAUGUGAAAUUUGUGACUAUUUUCAGAUCAAAACGACAUUUCUGCAUACUAUUAUUUUCGUCUAUUUAUCUCGAUUGCGUGAAUCUGUUACAAUCCCUUGAAAUAUGUAAGAAAAUGAAACUAGUAAACAUACAUUUUCACCUUUUCUGUUAUUAUAGCAUGAACGCAACACAUAAGUCAAAUUUUAAAUGAAUUCGAGACAUUCUAUUAGUAGAUGAAGUGAAACUAAUAAUGAUUUUAGUGAUAAUCAAGGUUCUGAUUCCGAUAGUGAAUAUGAUUUUGUUGGUACUGAAUCAGACGUUACAUCUAAUAGUGAACAUAUAUCAGAAGAAUCUGAUUUAUCAAACUUUGAUAUUGAACAAGGUGAUGUUGUUACAACUAGCCAACCAGAAACAUUACAAAAGGAUGGUAUCACACGGUCUAUGUACCCAAAGUUAGAAGAAAGUCGUAUAACAAUUCUUAAUGCUUUUAAACUUUUCUUUACAAAUGAAAUUCUUGAUCGAAUUGUUCUCUAUACAAAUCUUUAUGCUAAACGAUAUUUUGAUCAAAAAAUAAGAUUACGACAAGAUUCUAAUAGCAUAAGAUUAGAUUCACAUUGUUGGAAACCAAUUGAUCGUAUAGAAUUAGAAUCUUUUAUUUGA